AGACACAUGAGAACACACACUGGAGAAAAAACGUUUAUCUGUUCAAUCUGUUGUAAAGGUUUUACACAAUGGCAAUCUUUCAAAAAACACUUGAGAACACACACUGGUGAAAAACCCUUUUCCUGUUCAACCUGUGGUAAAGGUUUUACACAAAGUCAACAUUUGAAAGGACACAUGAGAACACACACUGGUGAAAAACCCUUUUACUGUUCAACCUGUGGUAAAGGUUUUACACAAAGUCAAAAUUUGAAAACACACUUGAGAGUACACACUGGUGAAAAACCAUUUUCCUGUUCAAACUGUGGUAAAGGUUUUACACAAAGUCAAUAUUUGAAAGUACACAUGAGAACACACACUGGUGAAAAACCUUUUUCCUGUUCAACUUGUGGUAAAGAGUUUACACAAAGUCAGAGUGUGAAAAUGCACAUGAGAAAACACACUGGUGAAAAACCUUUUUCCUGUUCAACUUGUGGUAAAGGAUUUACACAAAGGCAAUCUUUGAAAAGACACAUGAGAAGACACCCAGGAGAGAAAGUGUUGAGUUUGAUCGACGGUGCGACGAAGGACUUCACCCGAUCAUCGAUGCGGUCGGCAGCCCAGAGACGGAGGAAGUCAACCCAGACAGGUGAGGACAGCGGUGCGGCGGCGGGCGUUGUAGCUUUCGACGACACCCCGGCCGCCAUCAGAUUGGCCGACUAG